UCAUAACAACCUCCAUUCAGAAACUCUCAUUAGUUAGUUCCACUUCUUCCAUUCUACAUCGAAGUAUGGAUCAUAUUAAAUCCCACAAAAUAGAAGCUUUGAUUCAAAGCACAAAAUCCCACAACUACCUAAUUAAGCUUAUCCAAUUGUUGGUCCCAUUAUCUUUAUUUUCUUUCUUCGUUUCUCCAUCUUCCUUGCUUGCUUUCCUCUACCACUUCAACCUCUACUUCUCUACAUUUUCUUUGCAGCUAUUUACUCACACCAUAGACAAGAAUUGCAUGUUUCUCCUAUGCAAUGGACUCCUUGUAUUUGUUGGCAUAACAAGAUCUUUAUCUGGGUCUAGUGGUGUUGCUGAAAGUGAAUCUUCUUCUAAGUAUGUUGAAGAUGGAUCACAAUCUCCAUACUCAGAUGUUGAGGCUAAUGAGGCAAUAAUAUUGGAGGAGAAGGAAGUCAUAGAGAAAAUUCAUGAGCCUCAUGGACAGAAUACAGAAGCAGAACAUGCAAUAGAAAUCAAGUACUCUAGUGAAGAAGGAGAAGAAGAAAGCAUUGGAAACAUAAUUUUGGAAGGUGAAGAACAAGAAAAAGAAAAAGAGAAUAAAGAAUCAGUUUUGAAAGAUGAUAAGGAACCAGAAGGAGAAACUGCAUCAUUUGGGGCUGGAGAAGAAGACAAGGAGUCAGAAAUUGAUGAGUUUCUGAUUGGAGAAAGUGUUGAAGAGGAAGAAGUUGUAGAAGAACCAAACUGGGUGUUAAGUACUGAGGAGUUGAACAGAAAAUUUGAUGACUUCAUUAGAAAGAUGAAGGAAGAUUUGAGGAUUGAAGCUCAAAGACAAUUACUCAUGGUUUGUUUUUGAUUAGAUACAAUCAUGAUAUUUUUCAUAUACCUUUUAAUUUUUAUUUUUAUCUUAUGAUUUCGAGGCCUAGUCGUUAGCCCCCUCCCCUCUACUUUUCUAGUAUUAUAGUUGUAUUCCAUAAAAUUUGUGGACUUACACCCUCCAAGAUGAGGAGGGCACUUUAGAGUAACAUUAUAGAAUUGUAAUUAUUAAUGAGAAAACAGUGUAAGAUUCUGUAGAAUACAAACAGUCAAGUUUUUUUUUUUUUUUCCCAUGCCACUACACGUUCAAGCGUUCAGUUAAAGGAAGAUUCAGCUAAUUUUUUAAGAAAUAUUUUUUUCAAACA